AUGAGGCUCCUGGUGGUGUUAUCAGUGGUGGUGGUGGCGGUGGCGGGCCAGUUCACUCAGGGCAGGAGAACAUUGAACUCCGCGCGGCGCUUCCCGCCCGCCGGCGGCAGCCCGCCCUUCGUCCGCUUCGACGACGACUUCGACGACUUCGAUGACGACGCCGACUUCUUCGACAACGACCGCGACGACUCGCUGGAGGAUCUCUACGACGACCUGUACGACGACGACGCCAGGGACCGGGCCCAAGCCAGGGCCGCCCUGACCCGACUCAGGGCGUCGGGGGCCAUCACCGGCAACACUUUCCGAAACAACAGAUUCGUCGGCAACAGAAACAACGCCUUCAGAUCAACUGGCUUCACCAACACAGGCUUCGUCAACAGGUUCCCUAACACCAGAACCACAUCCUUCAACACCAACACCGCCAGGCCUAACAACCUUGGCUUCAGGAGCUCCUUCAGGCCAACACCGACGACGCCAUCACCCGCCUUCUUCGGCGGCACUAGCAACAGUGCCAACCGUUUCGGGGGACCUAGAAACAACUUCAACUCUCUCGACCAACCUUUCUCCAACAGCAUUCAGACUAGCAGUCCCUUCACCAACAAGAUCACCAGCGCCCCUGCCAAGUUUUCCGGCAGCUCCGCCAACACCUUCAAGACGUCCUCGAGCUCGCCCUUCAAGACCUUGCCCUCGGGAUUCAACUGGCCAGGAGGAAAUGGCUACUUUUUCAGCAUGAGCACCCUCGGAGCCGACCCCGUCACCUACUUCAUCAGCUACGAUGAUUAGUACACCACCUGCAUCUCUUCCCAAGGCAAACGCAACAAGUCAUUUACCACAGUACUCUACAAGGAUCCUUUCCGAAGACACAAGCCGUACCGGACACUACAGUAGGCUACGGUAAACCAGUCAUUACUUCAUCAGCUACGAUGAUUAGUACACCACCUGCAUCUCUUCCCAAGGCAAACGCAACAAGUCAUUUACCACAGUACUCUACAAGGAUCCUUUCCGAAGACACAAGCCGUACCGGACACUACAGUAGGCUACGGUAAACCAGUCAUUACUUCAUCAGCUACGAUGAUUAGUACACCACCUGCAUCUCUUCCCAAGGCAAACGCAACAAGUCAUUUACCACAGUACUCUACAAGGAUCCUUUCCGAAGGCACAAGCCGUACCGGACACUAUAGUAGGCUACGGUGAACCGGUCAUCACAAUACGCUACAGUGAACGGUUUCAAGCACCAUGAAAGUCACCUAUCACAGUCCUGGAUCCAGCUCAACUUUCCUGGUCCAACACUAAUACAAGAACAAGCCCUAAACAUGUACCCCGGAUCCUGUGAUAAUGACUGUAUUAUUCCAACCGCUAACGGGAGUACUGCAGGGUGGCAACGAGGCUCCUCUAGGGUUCUUUGCAACUUGUAUAGCUCUACCAUUUGGUAAUUAUAGAUUGGAUAGUAAUAUGUGGUAAUAAUAAGUUCCUAAUUUAUAGUUCGUGGCUAAGCACGAAAUUUCAGUAUAAUCUCGUUUAUCUUGAAAUGUGAUAUUAUGCUGCAAAUGCUUAUGGAACAAUGAUGAAUGUUUCAUUAUACAUCCAUAUAUAAUAUAUAAAAAGCCAUAAGAGCAGGAAAACAUUCAUUUAGCAAAAGGCUACAGGCCAAUUCUUUCUACACUGUAAAUUAAUAAAACUGUAAAUUGUGA